CUCGGAAUUCAGCCAGUGCGUUUGCCAUAGCCUCACGCCGACAAACGCUCUUAUCAAAGCAGCCAACCAGCUAUCUGCCUGCCUUGGACCCUGAUUCCGCUUAGGCAACAAUAAAUCUCGCUCGCUCGCCUGUCUCCCUCCCUCACAUCUCCAUCCUCACCCACCUUGUGCUCUCGCUGACUACCGCCCUCCACCCUCGCCAACUAUCAAGAUGGCCGACCGUCGUAAGGAAGCCCGCACUGACGAUUCAACAACGUCUCUCACAGACUCUCUACGCAGCCUUAUCAUUGACAACUGGAACGCGGGCCUGCAUCUACUGACCAACUCUGACCUUGAGAAGGCGAAGCCGGAGUACAUCCUGAGCCGAAUGCUUUCUACGAAAUCGGCCAUAUCAACUGACUCGUCUCUUGCCGAGAUGAACCAACGAGCGCAAGAAGAUGCCUCCAUGCAGACAUUCGCAUCCAUUGGCGCCGGACAGACCGGCACUGUGUACGCACUCAAGGGCACAACCCUAGUCAUCAAGCUUCCAAACUCCCCAGAUCGAUCAAACAGUGUCUUUGAUGAUUUCAAGAGCCAUAAAGCUGCAUAUCAAGCGUUUCAAGGUGUGUCGGCUAUACUUCGAGUUCACGUCCACGUCCCAGCUCUCAAGACAUGGGUGACUCCGACCAGCUCCCACUUUUGGCGCAACAACGCAGGACUAUUUCCCCAAGGAGUCCAAACCCCAGAUUAUGGCUUGGUAUCAGAGCGCAUUUACCCCCUACCGGCUCCAGUCCGCUCAGCUCUGGUCGACACGUUUGCGCCCAAAGCCGUCAAGGAGCGCAAACACGACUUUCUCCGCACACCAAGCAACAAAGACUGCUUGAUCCGCAUCUAUCUUGGACGUAGGAACAGCGAUAAGUCAUCUACUCCCGCCGAUAAAUUCCACCUGCGCAACUUCCCACUGCACGUCAACGAAAUGGAAUAUCUGAAACUCGACACCUCCUACUACGCGAAGCUCAUGGCGCAAGCGCUCGCAAUCUUGCAUUGGCGUGCAGGUCUCGAUGCCAAUGACGUGGAGUUCGUCUUUGGAAGCUCGCCCGAGGUCACUCAGCUUCCUACAGACAAUGAUCUUGUCGGUCUUGAUAAAGACUCGGCGGCAUCCUUGUUCAUGACCGACUUCCACCAUCGCACCGUGUCUGUAUGGCUCCUCGACUUCAACCUUUGUGGGACAUUCAGCAAAGAUGCUUCUGGCCUCAAGAAACUCGUCGACGGCUUCUACUGGAACGAUCCAUACUACCCGCGGCCAUCAGCUGCCGGGUCCGGCGACCAAGAGCUGUGGAAGGUCUUCGCUAAGCACUAUGUCGAGGUCAGCGCAGAGUUUGUUCAACACACCAUGCCACAGGCAUUCAUUGACGCAGUCGAGGAGCGAGGCAAAAAGCGCUCUGUCAACAAUCUCUUUGGUUGACACGGAGGAUUUGCCAUGUUCUGUUACGGAGCUAUAGGGUUGGAACAGCUGACCAGAAUGUAUGUCAAUGGUCUUGCAGGUGACAUGUGUAGGGUUGAUGCCGUGCAAGAUUGCCUGAAAUCGGGUGACAUUGGCAAUAUUGCGUCCUCUUGAGGAGUGAUUUCGUAGAAUAUAUCUCUUACACCUCUUAUCGUACAUUCCCCAUCCCCCUUUGAAGUGCCAUCCGUCCCGAUCC